CCUAGCGCCGGCAGGGCCGCCCGCCUCGCCAUGGUGCUGCCGCCGCCCGACCGGCGCCACGUCUGCCUCACCACCAUCGUCAUCAUGACCUCCAUGGCCUUCAUGGACGCCUACCUGGUGGAGCAGAACCAGGGGCCCCGCAAGAUCGGCGUCUGCAUCAUCGUGCUGGUGGGGGACAUCUGCUUCCUCAUCGUGCUGCGCUACGUGGCCGUGUGGGUGGGCGCCGAGGUGAAGACGGCCAAGCGGGGCUACGCCAUGAUCCUGUGGUUCCUCUACAUCUUCGUGCUGGAGAUCAAGCUGUACUUCAUCUUUCAGAACUACAAAGCGGACAAGAAGAACCUGGAGACGGUGGCCAGGAAGGCUCUGACCCUGCUGCUCUCCAUCUGCGUGCCGGGGCUCUACCUGGUGCUGGUGGCCUUGGACAGCAUGGAGUACAUACGGACCUUUCGCAAGAAGGAGGACUUGCGGGGGCGCCUCUUCUGGGUGGCCCUCGACCUGCUGGAUAUCCUGGACAUCCAGGCCAACCUGUGGGAGCCACACAGGACCGGCCUGCCCAUCUGGGCAGAGGGGCUCAUGUUCUUCUACUGCUACAUCCUCCUCCUGAUCCUGCCUUGCGUGUCCCUCAGCGAGAUCAGCAUGCAAGGCGAGCACAUCGCCCCGCAGAAAAUGAUGCUCUACCCCGUGCUCAGCCUGGUCACCAUCAACAUCGUCACCAUCUUCAUCCGGGCCAUCAACAUGAUCCUGUUCCAGGACAGCAGGGUCUCCACCAUCUUCAUCGGCAAGAACAUCAUCGCCAUCGCCACCAAGGCCUGCACCUUCCUGGAGUACAAGCGGCAGGUGAAGGAGUUCCCGCAGAACGCCAUCGCCCUGGAGCUCCAGCAGAACUCGCUGUCGCACAACCAGACCAUGCACGGCGCGCAGGGCGUCCCCCACGAGCCGUCGCCCACCAGCGAGAUCCUGGACACAUGAGGGCUGCCCCGGCCCGGCGCUGGUUCAGACGGCCCCGUGCCGAGCGGAGAGGGGCGAUGCUGCUCUGACAGACCCCGGCAGCCAGGGCUCCUCUGGGCACAGCAACACCGACCGCGUUCCGAUUGAGUGUGGAGUGUCCUCUAGGCGUCUUCAUCUCAGGUAUAACCCUAGGAGUCCUCCCGAAAACCAAAUGGACUUGCAAAGGACCUGGACCAGCUGACCCCACCCUCUGUCCCCCUCGUGCCACUAUGUCCCCUCCUGAGCAAAGACCGCUAAGGUUGCAGCAUCCCUUUGUACCCCCGAGCACCUCACCUUUACUCCAAGCCCGGAUCAAGAUUUUGUUACUGGAGACCUUUUUACGGAGCAGGGACAAGGGCGUAGGGGUGUGGACGGGGGGGAGGGUGGGGCGUUUGAAGCAGUGACCCCUGUGAUCGUCGAUGUCUCUUCUCUCCAAUGGUUGUGUUUACAGUUUCCUAUUUAUGUCGGCUCCGGGGGCUCUCAGGCUGCCCUGUGGGCCAGUGGUGGGUGACAGCAGGGAGCCCUGCAGUGGGGAGCAGGGCUGGGGCCGGCGAGGCUGCCCCAGCCCGGGCCCAGGGGGACUGAGCCUCCACCGAGCCCUGCGCCGACUCUGCCGGCAGCAAUAUCUGACGAGCUAAAGCUAAUCUAAUGCUGGUGUUUUAUGUAUUUCAUUCACUCCAAACGACUCAGCACAAUAUUUCUAUUUUUAGAAGGGUCCCUUCCUCUCUCUCUCUCUCUCUCUCUCCCUGCCAUCUAGAGCCUCUCUGCCUGCAGCAGCCCCAGCAGCCUCCCCAGCCCCCGGCACUGCUGCUGGCAGGCAUGGGCACCCAGGAGGGAUUAGGAACAAGGAUGGUGAUGAUGCAUUUCACUCCGGCAUCAAGUGUUUAUAAAGACGGCUGCUUUCCACAGCUACUAUAUUUUUAAAAUAAAUAUUGAAAAAAAAAAAAAAAAAAAAAAAAAAACAACAAACCCCCAAAAAAGCUGGGAAGGAUGUGCUGUCCUGGGCAGGUGGCUGGGAUAGGGAUGGGAUGGGAAUGAUGUGCUGCCCUGGUGUCUUGGUUUGAAAGACAGGUGUUUGUUAGGGAAGGCAGGAAACCUCUCUUGAAAUGGAAAAUGUAAACCCCAUCCCUACAAAUUCUUAUGAUUAUGAAAUUAAGGAGCUCUCAGGCAAAAAUAUGGGCAUAAGAAUAACAGUUCCUUACUAGGAAAAUUAAAAUAGAAAUGCAGUAUUAGAAAGAACAAUCCCCAAACACUGCCAGAGUCAGAAUCCAAGAUGACACCCGUCAGUCAGUCAGGGUGUUGGCACAGUCCCAUUCAAUGGUGGCUGCAUCCUCCUGCAGGGGCAGAUGUGGUUCAGCUGGAGCAGUGCUCCUGGAGAAGGUGCAGUUUCCUCUGAAGGUGCAGGGAUGAUGUGGAAAGGUCUGGCUUUCCUCUGGAAUGCAGUGGAAAGAAGGUCCCUUGGUGUCCAAAAUGUCAGUUUUUAUCUGGGUAGGAAAGGCUUGGCUGCUCCCCUGGCUGUAGCAUCUCCCAGUGGGAUGAUGGAAUUUUAUCAGCCAUGCAGUGGGACUGGAUGGGCCAGCAGCAGAUGAUAUCUUCCUGGAGGGAGGAUGGGUUUUGGAAAAGAUAAAGAACACUACCCCACCUGUUUUAACAGAUGGUGAUAGAAUAGAAACCUUUGGUCACAUCCUGCUUUUCAAGCCAAGACACCCAGGCAGGUAGCUGGGAUGGGAUGGGCUGGGAUGGAUGUGCUGCCCCAAGCAGGUGUCUGGGAAGGGGAUGAGCUGGGCUGGGAUGGGGAUGGGCUGAGCUGGGGUCUCUCUGCAGGCGUGGGUGGUGGUGAGGGGCUCAGGCACGGGCAGCAGGGUGGGAGGCGAGGGCCAGCUGGACAAUAAAAGCCCCAU